UUAGGUGAGCUACAAAGCUAGGGAGGGUUGAGUACUUGCAUUGGCAGCCAGUGCCCAAUGAUUGAUCGAGAAAUGACUGAAAGGGUGAGGCCGUGAGGUGAAACCCGAUUUCUGCAUAGCCCUAGUUCAUGGCUGGCACGUGGCACUCCAUUAGACCUCUCGUGAUCGGAUCCACCGUCGUAAAGCUACCCUUAUCCGGCGCCACCCUGACCAAACCUCCGUUUUCAGUUCGGGUCACGAGUUUCCCGGCCAGAAGCCAUUCCCUACCGCCAAGGAGGAGGGUCCCUCUUGCAUAUUCGUUGGCCCUAUCGAAACCGCCAGCCCUGGAUGCUGAUUACAGUGGGGAGCCUUUGAUAGUUGAUAACAUGUUUGAUAGAGUAGAGUUAAAACUACGUUGGUAUGGUUCAAAAUCGGUUGUUAAGUAUCCUCGUUGCAGUAUAAGGCAACAAUCUACUUAUGCAGAUGCAGAGGAAGAUUUAUCUCAAGGUUUGGCAUUAGCAAGCAUAUGGAUCCUGAUUUUUGCAUUUGGAUGUACAUUGUGUCUUGUGCCUAUCAUUUACACCAUUAGUCUAGCAUAUCAAGAUCCAUUCAGUUCGGAUAUUUCCUGUGGUAGCCAAGCAUCUAAUUUUGAGUUUCUUGCCACUGUUAACGGCAUUCUCUUCAUGGGCAUUGGGUUGGUGGUUGGCUAUCCACUUGCAUCAGCUGCUUUCGAGUGCUUCAAAGGCUGCGGAGAAUUGACUUGGUCGCUCUGAAGGGGGUAUGCCCGAAUUGUGGGGAGGAGGUGAGUCUUAGCUUGCAUUUGUUUUAUGUCUCAGAACUCAGAAGGCUUUAUGUCCCUCUUUUCUCUUCAACUUAUCUCUAGACCUAGACAUUGGAUCCACUCCUACAAACAUAACCACGAUUAGGCUUCCAGUCAGUCUUAACUGAUUUUAGCAUUUGCCUAUAGGUAUUUGCAUUUCUCAAAUCAGAAAAAUUCAAUAAUUCCCCCCAUAGAGCAGAGUGUCAUGUUUGUGAAUGCACGCUAGAGUUUCGUGCCAAGGCUGAGGUAGUGUAGUCUGCUUAUAUUUUAUACCCGAAUAGUAUAUUCUAAUCAUGUUUUCUUUUUUGACUGAUUUAAGUGAGGAAAUAAGGAGGUAGUCAAGUUUUAGAAAGAGAAUAUGUGUGAGCUUUGCUGUCAUCAUUUCAUUCUAGGUAUCUUGAUGGUUUGUAAGAAAUGCCUUCAUUGGACAUGCUUUACUAUCAUAACUUCUUUAGCUGAUUCAACACUAUGUUUCUUAGUUGUUCAGUGCUUAAAUCACUUAAAUCAGCAUGCCAUUUUGGUCGAUUUCUUUUCAUAAUUUUAUGAUUUAUAUAUGAUAAAAACUCUCUAUGAGGAGUAUGAUUGGGGAAAACCAUUCAGUUAUUUUCCCAGGACAUACGCAUAGGGUUUUUGGUUCAUGCAUACGCAUAGGGUUUUUUGUUCAUGCAGGUGAUGGUUGUCAUUGUGGAGCAACCUGUCUCGAGAAUCGGGAAAAGAUAGGUAUAUGGCCAUGUAUAUCUCGUCUCAAGAAGAGGUAGAAGUCGGAGGCGGAUGUGAUUCAUCUGCAACUGUUAACAGAACUAUAGAAGCAUAAUUUUUUCCUCUUCGAUUUUCACUCUCUUUGAGGGAUAAAAUAAGAGGUUCUCAGCAGAAGUUUUUGUUACAAUUAAAUGUGCUGCUGGUGCUGGACCUAUGGUGUAGAAUUAACUGAUGAGACUCUUAAAAAUAUUUGUA